ACUAACUCUGCGACAGUGGCGACACUAAAAUAAAUUAUAGUUAUUUAGUGGAAUGUUGUCGAAGUGAAGUGUCGAAGUUUGUCGGGUCUGAUUCGCGCUGUUUAACCCUUUUAAAUCCGAGUCCGGUGAACUUGAAAACAUCGCGGUGUUUCCCAGAAUCCGACUCAGUUCCACCCAAUAAUUCUUGUCCGCGACAAUAUAAACUGCAAGACUUAUAUUACCAGACCAAUCCAAGCAAUUAACCCUUAAAUAGGAAACGGUUGUGCAAUCGAGUGAAGUCUGAAAUUCAAAAUAGGAAACAAAAAUGUUAUGGUGUCCGUCAGUUCUAGUGCCACUUAUAGCUGUUGCCGCCUGUCUGCCUGUCCUGGCAAUUGGAACACCUCUCGAAUGGGAAUUCGCCAUCACCUUGAAGUCGAAAAUACUGUUUGUCGAUGAAUUCUGGCGCACUUUGGCCUCGGCGGCCCACGAGUUCGAUGAACUGUCCGCCCUGACCUUUGACGAAACGGAGGAGCUCAUCUACUUCAACGAUCAACAGCACCGGAAUGGCAGCAUAUUCUCGCUGCGAAGAGAUGCCCUGAUGGCCUCCCACAUAGCCGAGCAGGCGAUACAGCGAACGGGGAAUGAAUCUGUGGGAGGAUUGGCCUACGAUCCGCUCAAUCGGAACCUCUUCUGGUCGGACACGCUUCAGAAAAAGAUCUUCUUUGCCUCGAUCGAUAGUAAAGUAACGGAGACGCCCAAAGUGUUGGUGGAUCUAAGCCAGGAGGGUGCACGCCCCGACGGCGUGGCCGUGGAUGUCUGUCGCAGAAAGCUCUAUUGGACGAACUCCAACAUCACGCAUCCCACAGUGGAGAGCAUCGAUUUGGCUGGCACUAACCGCCAGGUGAUUAUCGACACGGACAUCGAUAUGCCGCGUGGCAUUGUGGUGGACCAAUUGUCGGAUCGCAUCUUCUGGAUCGACGAUCUGAAGGGCGUGUUCUUCGCAUUGAAAAGUGCGCGAUUGGAUGGCUCCGAUCGCCAGUUGGUGCUGCACGACAAGCACCACGAACCCCUGAAUCUUGCGGUGACCAAUGAUGCCAUCUACUGGACGGACAAGACCACCAAGGCGGUGUGGAGUCAUCCAAAGGUGCCCAUUGUCAAGGCCACCACUACAACGAGUCCGGUUAAAGCAGAGGAGGAAGAGGCCACGGAGACCAUCCCAGACAUCGAACCAGAGCCCGUGGCAGAGGUCUCCGCCCUUCUUCGCGUGGCCAAUCUCAGCGAGGAGGCACGCGGCAUUGUGGCACGCACUGGGUUCUAUCAGCGACUGCAGAAGGAUGAACAUUGCGCCAAUAUUGUCCGAAAGGUCAAGGAGCGACUAGAUCUGAUGACCAAGAAAAAGCAAAUGCGCAGCCUCGUCGACGAGAAGACGGCCCAACUGGAGCGCGAUCAUUGCCUGAAUGGCGGCACCUACAUUGCAGAUCGGGUGCUGUGCAUCUGCCCGACAGGCUACAAGGGCUCGCGCUGCGAGAUUCGCGAGUGCCACAACUUUUGUGUGCACGGCACCUGCGAGAUCAGCGAUCGAGCGUAUCCAAAGUGCUACUGCCAGCCGGGAUUCUCGGGUGAACGUUGCGAGAUCAGCAAAUGCUCGGGACUGUGCCUUAACGGCGGUCACUGCAAGCUGGAGGACAUCUCUGAGAAGCCCAGCUGCGAGUGCCCCCAUAAUUUUGCGGGAGAGCGAUGCGAGCAAAACUCCACGGAGAUCUGUGCGUUAUUUUGUCGCCUGCUAAAGCAUGAGGCGGAUAUAUAUGUGCCCUUUGGUUGUCAUGAUAUUUGCGAGGAACUGGCCAAGGAUGCAAGCGAUAAGAUCGCCAUACCGCAGUAUCACCAUCUGGAGGUGUGCAUGACGCCUAGUCCAUGGACCAGCAAUGUGAUUAUUGUCCUCGUUUUGGGCAUAGUCUCGUGCUUCUUCCUGGUGGCCGUCAUAGUACAUGGCUUCCGUCGUCUGUACAAACCGAAGAGGCCACGCAUCAGGAAGACAUUUGUGGUACGAAAGCAGGCGCGCACGAACUCCUCCGGUGACACGCCACUGACCAAUCGCCCACUGGCCACAGAGCAGUGCGAGAUUACGAUAGAGAACUGCUGCAACAUGAAUAUCUGCGAGACGCCCUGUUUCGAUCCUAAGCUGGUGGAGCAGACGCUAGCCAAGUCUUCCAAUUGCAAGGAGGACAAGAAGAUACUAAUCCACAACAUGGACGAUGAUCUGUACUAAAGGGAGGGGCCCAAAAAAGGAGCCGCUCUAUCAAAACUGGACCUUGUGAUAGUCGUUGUCGAGUGCGGUGUUUGGUAUUCGAGCUUGAAAAGCUGCUGCCCGCCCGGCUCUCGGCCCCUUUUGCCGUCAAGGUGCACCCAUUCAGAAAACACCAGAAAAGCCACCCAGAGAAGAUGUAGAAGAUGCAGUAGCUGGUGGUGGAACACUUAACACUCGCCAAAACCAUUUACUUAAACCGAAAGCAACAUGUGUACUUAGCAGAUCUUCCGAUCGUAGGACUGCUUUGGUCUCUCGUUAAUUUAUUUUAGUGAAUCAUUUUUCAUUCUAGGGUUUUAUUACAAUUUAAUUUUUUUGUUUUUGUUUUUUAGCUUACAGCCGAGAGAGAAAUCCCUUUAAAUUCGAUUCGUUUUAUUAUAUUCUCACUAUUUUUGGUUUUUUCUUUUAAUGAAAUUCGCUUUGGAAAUGAUGAAAGUCGGGAGUGACUGACAUUAGCUUUAACAUGGAAUAUACACACGGAAAACAAAAAAAACAAAGAACCGCACAACUCUCGCGGCAGAGAUAAGGCCCAUUGUGAUUUAUGAAAAC